CUGGCCUCAAGCAAUCCUCUUGCCUCGGCCUCUCAAAGUGUUGGGAUUACAGGCGUGAGCCAUUGCGCCUGGGCAGGUGCUUUUUCUCAUUAAGCGCUCCCCAUCCAAGUCUGCCCUAGGCAGGAAUGCCUCGUGCACGGGUACAUACAGACCCCGUGCGUCUCCACACCUGUGCGCUCCUACAGAUGUGCUCGCAAUGCAGGUGUGAGGUGCCCCUCACACCUGCGCGCUUCCGCGGUCUUCCUCCUCGCAUCCCCAUUAAGGGACUGGGGUCCCGUUACAGGUGCGCCCGCAGCGCGGCCCCGCCCCCUUCUUGACUCCGCCCUCUCAGUGAGGCUCAGGUGCACAAGCCGGAAGUGCGCUCUCCUCCCAGGUGAGUGACUAAACUUUCCGGGUCACGUGAGCGGGCGGAGCCGGUGGGAUCGGACCCAAAGAACGACCGACGGACCGAGGGUUCGAGGGAGGGACACGGACCAGGAACCUGAGCUAGGUCAAAGACGUCCGGGCCAGGUAGGAAGGCAGGACGCACCGCUAGGCCUGCCCCCUCACCCUUCCACCCUACGCGUCCCGUCCCGUCCCGUUCCUUUCCCCAGCCCAGGAACGCGCUCCCGGGAGUUAAUCUUUAAUCGCUGACCUCUGGCGGCUGGGGCGGGGCGGGACUCAUGGGUGCCCUGGCGCCAGUUGUCUCUCCUGUGGGCCUGCGCCCGGGUCCCGACCCCGAUCCCAACGCCCGGGCCUCUCCUUCUCCUGUCCCCAGGUGCCCCGUCGCAGGUGCCCCUGGCCGGAGAUGCGGUAGGAGGGGCGCGCGUGAGAAGCCCCUUCCUCGGCGCUGCCAACCCGCCACCCAGCCCAUGGCGAACCCCGGGCUGGGGCUGCUUCUGGCGCUGGGCCUGCCGUUCCUGCUGGCCCGCUGGGGCCGAGCCUGGGGGCAAAUAUCCACCACUUCUGCAAAUGAGAAUAGCACUAUUUUGCCUUCAUCCACCAGCUCCAGCUCCGAUGGCAACCUGCCUCAGGAGGCUGUCACUGCUAUCAUCGUGGUCUUCUCCAUCUUGGCCGCCUUGCUCCUGGCUGUGGGGCUGGCACUGUUGGUGCGGAAGCUUCGGGAGAAGCGGCAGACGGAGGGCACCUACCGGCCCAGUAGUGAGGAGCAGUUCUCCCAUGCAGCCGAGGCCCGGGCCCCUCAGGACUCCAAGGAGACGGUGCGGGGCUGCCUGCCCAUCUAGGUCCCCUCUCUUGCAUCUGUCUCCCUUCAUUGCUGUGUGACCUUGGGGAAAGGCAGUGCCCUCUCUGGGCAGUCAGAGCCACCCAGUGCUUAAGAAUAGCAGGGAAGAAGGUACUUCAAAGACUCUGCCCCUGAGGUCAAGAGAGGAUGGGGCUAUUCACUUUUAUAUAUUUAUAUAAAAUUAGUAGUGAGAUGUAA